AUUUCUUCUGUUUUAGAUCUGCAAAAAAGUGAAUAAAAAGUGCAAAAAGUUCAAUAUGCCAAACUCAAGUGGCAAAAAAAGAAAGCUCUUCACUCUUGAAGAGAAGAAAGUCAUCAUUUAGAGGCUCGUUGAUGGUGAAAGACAAGUAGAUUUGGCCAAGGAGUAUGGGCUGAACAAAUCAAGCAUCAACACCAUGUGGUCUACCAGGGACAAGAUCUUGGGUGCUUGUGAGACUGCUCCAAAGGGUGCAAGCAGAAUCCCCAGCAAAACCCAAAGGCACCCAGUGCUAGAUGAACUGGAGAAGCUUCUCCUCAUCUGGAUUGAAGACAUGCAGAGGAGAGGUGAUCCUGUGUCUGGAGAGCACAUCUGCAGGAAGGCCAGGAAGAUCUAUGAAGAACUCAUCAAGGAGUAUCCUGAUGGAGAAGGUGUUGAAAAUGAAGAGGAAGAAGAUGGUAUUGAAGAAGAGAUCAAAGGUUUCAAAGUUUGUAAUAUUAACAGUGCUUCCCAGGUGACUGUGACACAAUUUUGGAAGGAGAAGUUCACCAUUGUUGAAAGCAUCCUGCUGAUCACGAAAGCCUGGAAAAGGGUAACUCAGAAAACUCUGAACUCUGCUUGGAAGACCCUAAUGCCAAGAGCCUGCCAAACAGCACCUGAGUUGGAUGAUGAGGAAGACCAGGGGAUUUUGGCAGAAAUUGUUGCAACUGCCAGAAACUUGCACAUGGAUGUUGAUGAAGAAGAUCUCACUGAACUUGUCUAG